UCGUUGUUGUCAGAGAGAAGAAAGGGACGAUGGGAUGGCAUGAAGACUUUCUCAGCGAUUUUUAAAGCUGUGUGAUUCUGUUAUAAAUGGCAACAAACCAUGUAGACAUCCAGCCUGAAAGCGAAAAUCACACAGAAAAAAUGGAUAAAGAGUAUAAAGUCAAAAUUAUUUGCCUGGGUGACAGUGCAGUGGGAAAAUCAAAGCUAGUUGAAAGAUUUUUGAUGGAUGGGUAUAAACCACAGCAGUUAUCCACAUAUGCACUAACCUUAUUCAAAUAUCACACAAAUUUGGAUGGCAGGGAAUUGACUGUUGAAUUUUGGGAUACUGCUGGACAAGAAAGAUUUAGUAGCAUGCAUCCAUCUUAUUAUCAUCAAGCACAUGCUUGUAUAUUGGUAUUUGAUAUCACUAGAAAGAUAACUUACAAAAACCUUGCACAAUGGUACAAAGAACUUAGGGAAUACAGACAAAAGAUACCGUGUAUAGUUGUAGCAAAUAAAAUAGAUGUUGAUUGUAGUAUAACCUCCAAGACUUUCAAUUUUCCAAAAAAGUAUAAAAUGCCUUUUUACUUUGUGUCUGCUUCAGAUGGAACAAAUGUUGUCAAGGUAUUUAGAGAAGCUAUUAAGCUAGGAUAUAACUACAAAGAGAAUUCAUCAGACUUUAUGGAUGAAGUUAUGCGAGAAUUAGAGAAUUUUGAUGAUUUGGACCUCGAAGAUCAGGAAAGCUCGACCGACUAACAGCAAUGCUUUUGUGCAUCAGACCUGGCUUUCUGCAAGUAGAGUGAAAAUGGAAGAGUUAUUUCAUUUCUUGUUUCAUCGCAUGGUGUUUGGUGUUAUGAGUUAUAAGUUCAUACACUUAUUUUGUGUCUCUUGAUGAAUGAAGAAUUUAGCAAAAUGUAAGGCUCUGUCGCGACAACAGUUUAAAGAACGGCAGAGGAAGAUUUUCACCUUGUGGUCAAUGACAUUUGAUGAAAAGCAUUUAAACUACUGAGCCAUGUAAUAAACUGUUUGUUGUAGACCUAAGCUUUACUUUGUGUGGUUUGGUAUUAGCAAGGUUGUGCCUGCACUUUGAAACUGCUUUAAAGAGAACUUGAAUAUUUAAAGCCCUUUUUUGACACAAGGCUACUCCAGAGAACGUUUUUAAAAUACAGCUUGUUAUUACAGUUUACAUUUGUUGCCACUGAGUACUCAACGCAACAGCUGAUAUUCUUAUCGUAAAGGCUCGGUUCAAUAACAAGAUCCUAGCAAUCUAGAUUUUUGUUUUGCUUUUUCAAUUAUUAAAGCAUGGUAGCCCAUUUGGCAAUGCUGGUUUUCAAGGGGCCAUGCAUCUAAACUGAAAGAAAACUAACAUAAAAUAGAAUAAAGUAAAUAGUUUCAAUAGAUCUAAACAUGGUAGAAUACGCUACACAACCCGUUCUCACCCAUCAUACCCUCGCAAGUUUUGAUACCCUUAUAUAUACAAUAGUCAAAAGCCUGAAGUAUGAUAUUAAAACAAAGAACAAUUUUUAGAGCAAAGUUUUGAAUUUUUUAAGAGAUGCUGCCUUCUUAGCUUCGGAAUCUUGGUUAUUACAUUGAUUUUUGACUUUUAAUAUAUAAAUUUUCGAUCUGUGAAGCAGUUUUUUGUUUCCUUAGCAGAAAACUAUUAUAUGAAUCGAAAAUUUUGUUGCUUCAAUUUCGUAAGGUUCUAAGUUAGUAGAAAGAGAUUCAAUCAAGUAUUUGGCAUAUGCUCUACAAUGUAGCGAAAGAAGUCCCUAACCUAACGUAGCUGUGCGUGUUUGUACUACAUGCAAGCAUUUAUUUCCUCAAAUUUUACAAGCAAAGAGUGUUCGAAAACUCAACUCUCUUUGUUCCCAAUAACCCUCGUUUUCGGCGCAGAGUAUAUAUUCCACUGAUCUCAAAAAAAGACUGGAUCGAGUUUUUCCAGCCCAGUGUUGAAUCCACGUAGAUGAAUCCACAGCGUCCAUCUUGAGACCUCGCCGUGUUGUAUGAGACUAGAGUGCAAUCAUAUUAGUUUAAGUUCAACUUGCUUUUUCAUAGCAAAAUUCAAAGUAACCGUUGAAACAAAAACUUACAGCAUUCGUAGGUGACGUCAAACAUUUUUGCCAUGUUAUUAAGCUUAUGUAACGAAGAAUCCACUGUUCAGUUAUUUUCCUAGGCCUGUUGUCUCUUAGAAUAUUUAAGAAUUUAAUGACUAAUACACAAUUUAAAGCGCAGCACUGUGUGUGCAUCAUUUUAACAAAUGCCAGCCCAAAGCUUUAGACGCGAGAGGUCUCAAGAUGGAGAGAUUCGAUCGCUCCCUCGUGCUGAUAUAGGAGGACAAUAGGUUGUUCGAUCCAGUCUUUUUUUGAGAUCAGUGAUAUCUUCCCUAUAUGAAGACAAUCAGUGAUAGGUUGUUGACCGAUCCAUUUUUACAUGUCUACACAAAGGGCAUUGUUUUUUAACCUCCUUUUCACUGCAUAGAUUUGGACCGUGGCUAACGAGGCUAGAUAUUGGGUUAAUGACUUACACUCGACAAGACACAUGCUUUAGAAACACGAAUUCGCCAGGGUAUAUUCUUAAAUUUAUAUUUACAAAUAAGACGUAUGUCUCCGUGUCUCGCAAAGUGUUGUUACUAGAACUAUAAUUGUAAGCGAUUUUUCGUAGCGUUAAUCAGAUGUUGCAAUUUAGUCGAAUUGAAAUGGGUUUUUUCGACUAAUAUUUAGUAAAUCAUAAUAGACCUCGUUGUUCAGUAGAUCAAUCUGUCAAUAAUAGCAUUUAAUUGUUUCUUAUGUAUUAAUGAAAUACUACCAGGGAAAAA